AUGAACAUCAGCGUUGUAAAUUUACAAACCUGUUUAUUCUAUCUAUAUGCGAGUUUAUUAAACUACAGAUACUUAUCGGGUGGAUCCAGCAUCUUUUGUGUUUCGAGACUCUUUCGACUUGGUGUCACAACGGUAAGAGAAAUAACGCAAGAAGUGACAGAAGCGCUGUGGGAUGAGUUGAAAGAUUUUUAUCUGCCAGAAGUAGAAGAACAAAAGUGGCAACAUUACAGUACGGAGUUUGAGACACGUUGGAAUCUACCGCAUUGCUGUGCUGCUGUCGAUGGUAAACACGUGUCCAUAACCUGCCCACCCAAUUCGGGAUCAUUAUUCUACAAUUAUAAAAAGCAGUACUCCAUAGUACUGAUGGCUAUGUGUGAUGCCAAUUACAAUUUUAUUGGUGUUGAUAUCGGAGCUUACGGGGGAAAUGCUGACGGAAGCGUUUUCUCUAACAGCAUUUUUGGACGUCGCUUAUUACACGGGGAACUAGGGCUACCACAACCCGCUGCACUAUCAAAUGGGGAAGUGAUUCCCUAUUUCAUAGUGGGAGAUGCAGCGUUCCCAUUGAAAGCAAAUUUAAUGCGGCCUUACCCUGGAAGAAAUUUGGAAGCGAUCAAAGAAAAUUUUAACUACAGACUUUCCAGGGCACGCAGGACCAUUGAAAAUACUUUUGGGAUUUUGGUGGCUCGCUGGAGGAUCCUAUUAGCACCUCUUCAUUUACAACCGAUUGCUGCAGAAAAUAUUAUAAAAGCAACCGUCGUGCUGCAUAAUUUUGUAAAAAGUCACGAGGGACAACAGUAUGCACCACCCACAUUUGUAGAUCAAAUUGGACAAAAUGGUGAAAUCAUACCAGGUGAGUGGCGAUCACACGUUGAUCCCCUCGAAGGAAUCAGCGCAGAUUUCAUCCAGCGAGGAAACAAUGCAUCUAGAGAUGCAUAUUUCGUGCGCGAUGCUUUGGCAAAAUACUUAUUAGAAACAUGAUUUCGUUAGCUAUAUUAUCACAAAUAUAAUUGAACUACGCUUUAAAAAUAAACAUUUAUAAUUAGUUGAUUUCAAAAUGGAAUCAUAAUAAACAUAUUUUUAUGUAAGAUGAAAACCCAUACCGACUUACCCCAGCGCAAUCCGGAUUAAAUCUGGUGUUAAGAUCUAGGUUGCUCGCAUAUCCAUUGCUACAACUAGAAGAAUAUACGGUUUUUUGACGCAUAAAGCAUCAAAAUCAGUCCACUCUAUUUAAAAGAAAUGAUUUUUUAAAACAAAAUAACGUCAAAAAUCCCCACCAGAUACUUUAAAGUCACUUUUAUACCAUUAAAGACGCUUUUUGGUUUUGCGUGUAAUAACUUUGUUUUCAAACCCAGUUAAGUUCAGCCGGAAAUGAACCGGAGUUCUGGCUGGUUCCAGUUCGUAUUCCGGCUCCAGUGAC